UAUUACCCAUUAUAACCGUUGUUACGCCACUGGAUGUGAUGUGUGUACGCCACUGGUACAAUCCUAACCAAACAUUUUAUUCAAAAAAUAAAAAAUAAUCCAAAAUGUUUUCCUAUGCAAUUCUUCGUUCAAAGUUACCUAGUACUACCCGAUUAUGGACACCAAUGGUACGCUUACUUACCUCCACCUCCAAUUCUACCAACGUCCCACUCUUCGAUAUGGAAAAUCCUUUUGAGAAAGAAAAGCGCAAGUGCAUCCUGUGCCAACACAACGUAAUACCAAACUAUAAGAACGUUAAGCUAUUAUCACAAUUCCAAUCGCCGUACACGGGAAGGAUUUAUGGCAAACACAUCACGGGACUGUGCGCUGAGAAACAGGCACAAGUCGAGCUGGAAAUAUCCAAAGCUCAGAAGUCCGGUCUGAUGGCGGUGUACCUCAAAGAACCUUGCUUUAUUAAAGAUCCCAAACUGUUCGACUCGGAAAACCCAAUAAGACCACACAGAUUUGAAUAAAUUAUAACACUGUACUUAAAUAAAUUUAUUACAAACCA